GUCAAAUUCAAUGUAAAAAUCUAUAAAAAUAUAAUUUUAUUAAAAAUAUAAAUAAAAAUCAUUAAUGGUUACUUAAAUGUGCUCGAUUAACGCAUAAAAUUAGUAUUUUUUAAGUGAUGAACCCCAUAUAUGAUUACGUUCAACAUCUCCAAGUGAUGUUUGUCAUAGAGAAAGCUAUACAAUCUAAAAGUAAACGUAUUGGAUUAAGGGAUAGCAAUUUGUAUGAGCUACCAAAAGAGCUGUUUAAAUGUUUAGAUGCGGAAAUGUUACUUUUACAAAUGAAUAAGCUAAAAACGAUUCCUGAUAGUAUUGGUGAUUUAAAGAAAUUGUGGUUGAUUUGUUUGGAUAAUAACGAUUUUGAUGAAUUCCCUGUUGGGUUAAAACAGUUGUCCCAAUUAAAAGCGUUAAAUUUAUGUAAUAAUCCUUUAAAAGAGAUCAGUAGUGAUAUUAGAGAAUUAAAAAAUUUAACUACUUUAUGGGUGAAUAAUUGUAAAUUAAAAAAUUUACCUGAAGAAAUUAGUAUGUGUGAAUUAUUAGAUAGUUUUGGCGCUAGAAAUAAUCAAAUUACCCAAUUACCUAAUUCGAUUAUUAAACUUCAUAAUUUAAGGUGGUUAACUUUAGAAGGAAAUAAUCUUUCUUUUCUUCCAGAAGAAUUUGAUAAACUCCGCGCAUUAAUACAUUUAAAUUUAAACAAAAACUUGUUUAAAUCAAUCCCUGAAGUGUUUAUAAAAAUGAAAGAACUUCGAUUUUUGUAUAUGGAAAGUAAUCGUAUAACUGAGUUCGAUGAGGAACUUUUAGAAAACAUGAAACAUAUACUUAAAAUAUACUUAGCUGAAAAUCCCAUUGAAAAAAUACCUCCAGUUCAAAAUAUAAGAUUUUCUAAUGUAAUUUAUCCCCAAUUAAUUUAUGAACAACCGGAAGAACAUCAGAGUUCAAAUGAAUCGGAUUCAAGUGGUAACGAUUGGGAUUCAAGUAUGGAUAGUGAUGAAAUUGAAAUGAUGGCUUCGAGUAGUGAAAGUGAAGAGGAUGAACCUGAAUUUGAAUUUGAUGAAUUCUAUCCAAGACUUGCCAAAUAUUUUCUCACUUAUUAAAUUAUUAUUAACUCAU